AUGGCGUACAAUCGAUUAGGCUUGCGCGAUUGGCACUCUCUGCUCACAUCCUCAUUAGCAGACGACGGUGGUUAUUACGACCAGAUGGACCCCCGGGCCCAUCGGACGCCCUCACCAGGCAACACUAUCCAGCAAGGGUAUCAGCUCGAUGACAAUCCUCAGGGGAAUUAUCCCGCGGGCCAUGGCCUCGAUGUUCACAACCCAGCAUUGAACCAGGGCCGCUUCAGCCCAGGCGACUCGCUACAAAUGCAAAUGGCUCACUCGGUCGACAACCUCGGUGGGGCUUAUGACCCCAGGCCGCAUGGCGGCGAGUAUGGUGUCAACCCGGAAGAACAUCACGAUGCAUACUACAACACGCCCUACGAGCCUGCCCAGCACGAUGGCCAGGGUGCUUAUGACCAGUUCGAUACCGAUGGCAGACCGCUUCUUCAACAGGCUGGCUCAUACGAGACGCCCGGCUACGGAGAGCCUGGCUACGGCGAACCCGGUUACGAAGACCCUGUCCUUGAUCGGCCCCCGCAAACGACGCCAGCACCUCAAGGCGGUGGCCUCAAGCGUUGGAAAACGGUGAAGCAGGUGCUCCUCUACCGGGGCAACUUGGUACUCGACUGCCCGGUUCCUCCCCGGCUCUUGAGCCAGCUGCCGCACGGCGAGCGCGACGAGUUUACGCACAUGCGCUACUCUGCCGCCACAUGUGAUCCAUCCAACUUCUACGAGGACAAUUUCACACUCCGGCAGAAGCUUUUCAGCAAGCCACGGCACACCGAGCUGUUUAUUGUGGUCACCAUGUAUAACGAGGACGAGAUUUUGUUCGCCCGCACCAUGAUCGGUGUCUUGAAAAACGUCGAGUACAUGUGCAAGCGCACCGAGAGCAAGACCUGGGGAAAGGAUGCUUGGAAGAAAAUUGUCGUUUGUGUCGUCAGUGAUGGCCGUGGAAAAAUUAACCCGAGAACCAGGGCUCUACUUGCCGGGAUGGGUGUAUACCAGGAGGGCAUUGCCAAGCAGCAGGUUAACGGCAAAGAUGUGACGGCGCAUAUCUACGAAUACACUACCCAGAUCGGCCUGCAGAUCAAAAACAACAUUGUACAGCUGGUGCCAAAACAGCAGCCUGUCCAGAUGCUCUUCUGCCUCAAGGAGACGAAUAAGAAAAAGAUCAACUCUCACCGCUGGUUCUUCCAGGCGUUUGGCCGCGUCCUCGACCCUAACAUUUGCGUUCUGAUCGACGCCGGUACGCGCCCUGGAGGUAACUCCAUCUACCACCUCUGGAAGGCUUUCGACCUCGAACCCAUGUGCGCUGGCGCCUGCGGUGAGAUCAAGGCCAUGUUGGGUACUGGCGGCAGGAACCUGAUAAAUCCGUUGGUUGCGGCUCAAAACUUUGAGUACAAGAUGAGCAACGUUCUCGACAAGCCGCUCGAGUCUGCCUUUGGCUUUAUUUCUGUGCUGCCGGGUGCCUUCUCGGCCUAUCGCUAUGCCGCCCUGCAAAACGACAAGAACGGACAGGGCCCUCUCGAAAAGUAUUUUGCCGGCGAGACGCUUCACGGCGCCAGUGCGGGCAUCUUCACUUCGAACAUGUACCUGGCCGAGGAUCGUAUCCUGUGUUUCGAGCUCGUCACUAAGCGCAACUGCCACUGGCUCCUGCAAUACGUCAAGUCUGCGACAGGAGAGACGGACGUACCGGACGGCCUUUCGGAGCUAAUUCUGCAGCGUCGCCGGUGGCUAAACGGCUCCUUCUUUGCUGCUCUCUAUGCGAUCGUCCACUUCCACCAGUUCUUUCGCUCCGAUCACUCUCUUUUCCGAAAGGUUAUGUUCUUUAUCGAGUUUGUCUUCAACACCAUUAAUAUGAUAUUCGCCUGGUUUGCCAUUGGCAACUUCUUCCUCGUUUUCAAGAUCCUCACAUCCAGCCUUUCUGAUAAGGACCUACUCGGCACAGUAGGCAAUAUUUUAGGCGUGGUGUUUGAAUGGUUCUAUGGUGGAUGCCUCAUCAUUUGCUUCACGCUGUCCAUGGGCAAUCGCCCGGCUGGUUCGGGCCCAUACUAUAUGGCUAUGGCUGUCUUCUGGGCUAUCAUUUAUGUGUACCUCAUGUUUGCUGCCGUAUUUAUUUCAGUCAAGGCUGUCCAGACUGAUAUUCAUGAUGGCCUAACCGGCUCGGAGCUCUUCUCGAACAAGGUUUUCGUCACUCUGAUUCUUUCAGUCAUGUCGACAUACGGAGUGUGGCUGAUUGCGUCUGUCAUGAUGUUCGACCCGUGGCACAUGUUCACCUCACUAAUUCAGUACUUAUUGCUCACGCCUACAUUCACGAAUAUCUUGAACGUCUACGCUUUCUGUAACACACACGAUAUUUCGUGGGGUACCAAGGGCGACGACAAAGCCGAGGCGCUGCCUUCAGUCAGCACCAAAGAUGGCCAGGGCAAGACGGACCUGCCAGAUGAAGGUGACUUGAAUGCACAGUAUGAGCGGGAACUACUUGCCUUUGGCGAAAAAGAGGUCAAGGUGAAAACAGAACCGACGCCAGCCCAAUUGGACGAGAAACAGCAAGACUACUAUCGUGGUGUGCGUACCGUCGUGGUGGUUAUUUGGAUCAUCAGCAAUUUUGCCCUCGCCGCUCUUGUCCUGAGUACCGCAGGUCUCGAAAAGAUCAUUUCGUCGAAUUCUGCCUCCGCCGAUACCAGUCGUGCGACGAUCUACAUGGCCGUCAUUCUCUACAGUGUAGCAGCCCUGUCUGCUUUCAAAUUUCUGGGCGCUCUAUGGUUUUUGAUAGUGCGGAUGUUCCGUGGUGUAUAG